AUGAGUUCUGAUGCUGAAUCUUCCACUUCUCACGAAGAUUUGUCCCCUACAGCUUCACCUAAUGUAUCAUUAGCUUCGAUGGAUACCGAAGAGCACAACGAGCUUUAUGACCAUAGGCAGCAUCCUGACUCGCUUCCCGCAAGACAACUUUCUGAUGUCGAUGCAGUCGCCAGAAGUCAGCUUGCCGCAAUGGCCUCCGCGUCUGGAGCAACCAACAGUGUUCGUGACGAGAUCUAUAGCGGUCAGACCAUCCAGGACAAAGCCUCUCCUAUGAAGGCGGGUAGAAGCGGCCCAAUUUACAAAGUCACUAAUGCAAAAAGAGAAGAAACGCAUUCAAAAGGUAGGCAAAGUAGCAAAGCGCCUGCUCCUGCCACUUCGGGACUACCGCGGGGAAGCGUGCACAUGGAAGUUCCCGUGCACAAAAAAACGAGAAGAAUGUCUAGCGCUUCUUCCACUGGACCCAUGCAAAUGUUGGGUAAGACUUUUUCCGCGAAGUCAUCCCAAAGUGAAUCAGCACCGAGGGAAGUAAGGCGUCGUCUUUCUAGAGCUUCUUUGGAAUCUGAUAACUCACAUUUGUCCAGGGAAAGUCAAGAAACGGAGGAAGAUGUGUGUUUUCCAAUGCAACGCUUGGAACACAAAAGGAUCAACAACAUUGACUUCGACGAAUUAGAAGAAUUCGCGCUAAACAAUGGCGAGUCUGCUUCCACGAAUGCGAAUGCUUUAAUUGAUGCAGUACCUGCCAAAGCGUCUGCAACUUACGCCAACAAAGAAGGCUCGUCAAGCUCGACUUCAACCACCGCUUCAAGUGCGGCACUCAAAUAUACGCCCAAAGUGCGACCACAAGCUGCUCGGAGAUCUCAGGAUAGGACAACAUCUCCUAACGCUGGAAUUUUCUUCGGUGAUAACAAAGUUGAAACCGAUGAAUCAGAGUAUAACGAGCUAGGUAUCCAAGAUCAACGGGCGGAGUACUUUUUACCCGACAGGUUCUCUUUCUUUUGCUCUGACAACGAAGAAACGAUCCAUUCACCUGACAUCCCAUCACUGGUCAAACCUGGACAGACCUUCAGAGGCCUCUUCAGAGACGGAUCGCCUACCUGGUGGCUUGAUUGCGCAUGUCCUACGGACGAUGAAAUGAGAUGCAUCUCCAAGGCGUUUGGUUUGCAUCCUUUGACUGCUGAGGAUAUAAGAAUGCAAGAAGCGCGUGAGAAAGUCGAGUUAUUCAAAUCUUACUAUUUCGUGUGUUUCCACACAUUUGAAAGCGACAAAGAAUCUGAGGAAUUUUUGGAGCCCAUCAACGUUUACAUUGUGGUUUUUAAAGAGGGAGUUCUAACCUUUCAUUUCGGACCCAUAGAUCAUUGCUCUAACGUCAGACGUCGUGUGAGACAACUACGUGAUUAUGUUGAUGUCACCUCUGAUUGGCUAUGUUAUGCAUUGAUUGAUGAUAUCACAGACAGUUUUGCGCCUGUUAUCCACGCCAUUGAAUAUGAGGCGGAUGCCAUUGAGGACUCGGUGUUCAUGGCACGGGACAUGGACUUUGCAGCAAUGUUGCAAAGGAUUGGUGAAGGUAGGCGCAAAACCAUGACUCUCAUGCGUCUGUUGAGUGGUAAAGCGGAUGUUAUUAAAAUGUUUGCCAAAAGAUGCCAAGAUGAGUUGAGUGCGAUUGGUCCUGCCUUAACUUCGCAUCUGAACAUUGCCAAUCUGCAGUUUUCUCAGCAAAACCAAUUUGGUCCUGAUAUGAGUAGGAACAAAGAAGUCCCCACUAGUUUUUCUUCUCGAGCUCAACCGAGGGCCGAUAUUGCCUUAUAUUUAGGCGAUAUUCAAGACCACGUCCUGACAAUGUUUCAAAAUCUGUUAUCCUAUGAGAAAAUUUUCUCACGGUCUCAUUCCAACUACUUAGCCCAGCUUCAGGUCGAGUCCUUCAACUCUAAUAACAAGACAACUGAAAUGCUGGGAAAGGUGACCUUAAUUGGUACUGUUUUAGUUCCGUUGAAUCUGAUACCGGGACUAUUCGGGAUGAACGUAAAAGUGCCGGGCAACGGUGACAGCGGUCUCGGAUGGUUUUUUGGAAUAUUAGGUGUGAUGGUGUUCAUUGCUAUCGCUUGUGCGUGGCUCGCUUCAUGGUGGCUGAAUCACAUAGCAGCACCUACGACGCUUAAUGAGGCUGCAGAAAGUGGAACAAAAUCAAUCAUAAAUUCUUUCAGGCCUAGAAGGAUGCGUCAGGAUAAGCAAUUUGAUUACCGUCAAAAGUCUAACAAGUCUGUGCUAAGCUUUCCCACGAAAAUGUCUCGGUACAAUUGA